AUGAACGCAUCUAUCGAUUUCAUCCCCACAGGACAUGCUUCCCUUCACGAAAUGCUUGCAGCGCACGCCGCGCAUCCUCUCAAUCCUGAUCGCGCUCUUCCCCGUGACGCUUGUGGGUUCGCUCGCUGCUUUCGGCCCGGCGUCAGCAAUCGCCACUGCGGGCUGCUACCUCCAAGCACUGGCGCUCGUUGCGCAGCUCUUCGUCGGUGGGGCAGAAUGGAAAGUACCAGACGCAAAGGUGUGGUCCUCUGUGGACAUGGCGGGGUUGCUCUAUUCAAUGCCAAUGAUCUGCUUUGUGUAUGCGUUCCACUACGUCCUUACAGAGACGCUCGUGGAACUUGA